GAUCGCCUCGUUCGCUCAUUCAGAAAGUGCGGAUGGCCCUGCACUGUGUGUGCACAGAGCAGAUGUUUUCUGUUGUUGUGGAUGUACAGCCUAUAUAUUAUUUUGCAUUAUUAGCUGCCACCAGCUCACACGAGAUUUGUUUUGUAGGUUGUGACUUGGGAUGCACGCGAUGAGCUUUGCUGUUGGAGAAUUUGAUUGAGAUUGUUCUGCGUCCCGUCUGCUUCCAUACACCAGUCCAUCAGUCAAGCCGGCUUAACGGGACUAUAUAGGGUGGAUUGGGUAUAACAGCGCAGCCUGCAGCCAUGUGUCUUAAGGCCACAACUUUGUAAGCAUUGGGAGCUCAGUCGUGCUAAACGCAUCAUCUACAGCUCUGGUGAAAUCUGUAGGAUACGAACACCACUGAUGUAAAAACCAAGGCAGUUCUUCGGGAAGUUGUCAGGGAGUAGGGGUUCUGGUUCCUCGAUGAGACAAGUUUGGAUUGAGAGGAACAUCUGAGGAAGGCAUCUGUGGUUGGCAAGACGACGGUGACCGAUGGAAUCAGUUGUUAUCAAUUAAACCCAUCGCUGACUGCUUCCUUGACGGACCCAGAUACCCAGAGGCACACCAGAGCAUCUUACUCAUCAUCGUCAUCAUCAUCAUCGUCAUCAGCAGGAGCUUAGCCCGCGUGCCACAUCUCCCAUCCACAGUAUUAACUCCACCAGGAGAAUUAUCACACGCAGUCUAAGAAAACUGCAUCAGUGUAGGCAUCUCCGUUGAUUACUCCUCCACGGUGGUGUCAGUGUGAGCAGCUCGCAUCCCUUAAUCCAGGAAACUUGAUCCCGAUCCCUUCCACCAUCCUCCCCGGUUCAUCUUGGGUCUCAUCCCUGGAUCUCAUGUUCCUAUUCGCCCCGUAGGGCCGUCUUCAACGUGCCAACGCGGGUCAGCUCAAGGGUCGAGAAGCAGUUUUAUCCGAGAGAGCGUGUCUCAGCUAACCCCGAUCUGCUUUCUUGACACCCUCUGCAUCAUCAUCAUCGGUCCUCCUUGGGUCUCUGUACCAAGACUUGAAGCACACACAUCUUUCAUCAUGAUGCCCGUCAGGACUACUUCCUCCCUGCUCCCUGUGAUAACGCUCCUCCUCACCCUUCUCACCGAGUGCGCAGGUCAGUCAGGGCUAGGCUGGUGGGAUAUAUGGCAGUACGAUGGAUUACAAGGUCCAGAGUAUUGGGGCAAAUCACACUCGGCAUGGCGUCUGUGUUCAGAAGGCAAACAGCAAUCUCCGAUUGACUUGAGAGCAGAGAGACUUCUGUACGACCCCGAUCUACAGAGGUUCGAGGUUGAAGCACCUCGGGGGAUAUCAGGUGUGAUUCAGAACACCGGGCGUCGCGUGGUGUUCUCCUUGGACCGAUCCAGUCCGGUGGUGCGUAUCUUCGGCGGACCGCUCAGCUACAGAUAUAACCUGCACGAGAUUGAGAUAAAAUUCGGUGACGAUGACAGUCACGGAUCAGAACACGCGGUUAAUGGGAAACCUUUCCCGCUAGAGGUACAACUUACGUUUUACAACGAGAGAUACACUUCUUACGCCAGGGCGGAAGAAUCGGUUCAGGGACUCGUCAAGCUGGGAAUUUUCGUUUUACCUUGGAAUGAAACGAGUCGAGGUCUCAGCAAGUUAACGGCAAUCGAUGUUGUAAAAGACAUCGUCUACAGAGGUGACGAAGUGAAUGUUACGAAUUUCAACGUCAAGCAGCUAUUUCCCAGGACAUUUGAAUACCUGACGUAUGAGGGCUCACUCACGAUACCAGGGUGCUUCGAGACAGUCACGUGGAUUAUUAUGAAUAAACCAUUACGAAUCAGCAGGUAUCAGCUGAAUAGUUUGCGAGAGUUGGUCAGAGAUUUUCAGGACGACGAUAGCUUCAGGCCGUUUCAGAAUACUUUCCGACCGAUUCAGCUCCUCGGACGGAGAGCGAUCAGAACGAACAUUGCCAAGCGAGUAGAAGACCCAGAAUUCGAUAAGGCCUGUCCGCAAUCGAGAAGACAGAUCAAAUAUAAAGUAAGCACAACCCCUUGACCAAGAAAUGACGACCAGUGAAGAAACACCAAACUGACUACAGAAAAGGAGAAUUCUAGAUAUUCUGUUUAUGAACAGUAUUUUGUUUGAUUUUUAGAUUUUUUUCGAGAUAUAUUUUAUAUGUUAAAAUUUGAUUACAGGCUGACUUCGAAAAUAGCUCAAAUAUCUUACUGAUUAAGUUAUCUUAAAAUUAUAAGAAACAUGCAACGUCAAGACUUACAUUAAGAUGGUAAGUACAUUUGCAUGCAAUCUAAAGGCUUAAUUUUAAGUUGUCAGUUGAAAUUAUAUUAUUUAUUAAUUUGAUAUUUACAGGGUUACAAAUAUUUAACAGGGUUAUAAUUAUUUUUUUUCUUCAAGGUAAUUGUUGGUUGUUAUUGCAACGAUAUUUUGUCCCCUUUUGUAAUAUAUCGAUUUGGUUGUAAAUUUUAAAGUAGUAUUUGAAAAGCUGGUAAAAUUGUACAUACCGUGUUUGAAAACGCUUUAUAAUUAUGUAAAACUAAACUAACGAAAAUUGUUGACCGCGAUGGUAAGGUGAUGUUUUAUGCAUUUGUAAAAAUAAAUGACAAUUGUGUAAAACUGUACUGCAACCUUACCACUGGCCAGUCAAAAACUAGGCAUGUAAAUGUCAAACGAUCUUCACCACACUUUCCUUUGUAAAUAAGAUUUUUUUUCUGCUUGAUAACUGCCUAUUCUUGAGCAGCAAAUUUACUGCUCCUUCGUUGAACCCUCUCAACUCAAUAUCCACCUUUAUUUCUCAUCGCUCCAUCCAUCUGCAAAUAAACCUCUACAUCAUCAUCUUCAUUAUCUGUUCGUCUUGAAACUUCAUCCCCAUCUAUCCCUGAUUUCUCCAUUAUCUCUGCGGAGAUUGCCAAGUUUAAUUCAAGCAGAUGGGAAGUCAAGGAGCUGUGUUUUCCCUCACCGUGUUGCUCAAGGUCAUUUUAGAAUGUGAUGCCUGGGCCAGACAAAUUAAUUGUGGGGAGAUUAAGGGAUGGAUGCCUACCGCGUACGGCAAUAUGCAAUACUGUGAACUGUGCAAAUUAAGGUGUUAAAUAUUAUGGGCUGUACAAAUCGUCCAAAUUUGUGCUCAGGUAAAUAUUUUGGGAUGUUGUGUUGUUUCUCAAGAAUGAAAGAGACAAUAUGAGAGGAGGGGCAGGCUUUAGGUAACGCCUCUGUAGCCUUUAUGUGAGGGGGGCGGUGGAGGAUGGGUAUACAGAUACAGCCCCUCCGCCCCACCCCCAUCCAGAUAUAAAAAUCAGUUGGUGUGUCAUUUUUCACUGUAAUAAGUGAAAGCAUACACUGGGGUUGCACAUGCAUGGGUCAUUUUUUUCAUAUAGUUUCAUGGGUGUACGUAUUCUACAGAGAUGUGGGUGAAGAGGGGUGGGGGUGGGAUUCUCUCUGAAUCACACAUCGUUAAUUUCAACAUAAAACAUAAAUCUCUGUAUCAAUCAAGUUGUAAUUUAGACGCAUAAGAGCGCAACUGCCCAAACUGAUACUGGUAAACUAACCGUAAUUUCUUGAGUCCAAUGGCGGCAAUUCCCAUCCAAUUAAAAAAUAAAUUACAGAUGAUGUAAUCUUGUUAAGUGUACAAUCAAGUAACAACAGGGGUCCGUGUGUACAAAGUACCGUUAUGGUAUAGUUAAUGAUUAGAAAAGGAACAAUGAUGAUGCAUCGGACAAGGUGUAACGAUUUAGUAUUACUUGAAAGAUCCGAAAUGACUGUAUUUGUUACAGCAUGGAAUCUUCAAUACUUACUCCAGGAAUUCUGGUGGGAAAAUUAAGUACAUGACAACUUCAGAUACAGAAGUAUGUAAUGAUGGGAUGUACAAUGUACAUGUAUUUAGGAAGGAGGAGUGGUUUAAAUUCUGGAAUUUAUCAGUUUGAAGCCACGCAUGCGUAGCUCUGAACUUGGACCCGUGACCACACCAGAUUGUGCAGAAAUGCAUUGACGAUGGACAUAUUUAUUUUGUUUGAAUCAAAAUUGUGUAGAUGUAUAAAAAAAAAACUGUAAAAUAAAGGAAGUGAUUUUAUAAAUAUUUCAUUUUGUCAAAGAACAUGUAUUCAACUAAUUUCCCUUUACUGCUUUGACUGUGGCUUUGGUUUUGUAUGACAACUAACAUUGUAAAACCUAAAAUAAAGUACUUUUGUUUCCAGAAUUUUAGCAAUAAAACUUGAAAAGUUUCCCUGAUUUGAAUGUGUUAAACUGGAAGCACGAAAUAGAGUUUCUAUUAAGUUUUACUGAUGUGCUAUUAAAGUUAAUGUCAUGUUGUAGAAUAAAUAUUGUAGAAUAUACAUACAUAGUUUAUUUCAGCCGAGGAUAAAAGAUGUGAAAUUGUUUAUAUUUGUAUGACAUCAUCAUGUUCUCCGCGCAAUAAUUUUCUAUGCAUCAAUAUAAUGGUUUAAGAUUAGCGGCUAUUUCAUGUUUAUAUGUAUACUGAAUUUGCUGAAUUAAUAUUAGAGGCGAGCUUAACUAUUUAGACUAGCUAAGUGUAGUUUCUUUAAAUUAGAUUUUUUUUAAAGAAUUUUACAAUGGAUGUAGAUCCUGUACAUGAAACAGUGAGUGAAUGAGUAAAUGCUAUCCUGUUUUAUGAAGGGAUUUUCUUAAAAAAUCAGACAUGAAACAGUUUCGUGAGAAUAUGAUAGUUAAUUUAGUCAUGAAAAAUUUGUGGACUGCUGUUCCAAACCUUUCUGAAAAUAAAGGAGAACAAACGAAUUUGAAGGAAAA